CUCUUGGCUCUCCCGGGGCCGCCCCUGGGGAGCCGGACGAGGUGGACAAGUUUAAGGCGAAAUUCCUGACGGCCUGGAACAACGUCAAGUAUGUAAUCAGCACUGCUUUAUUCGUCCCGAAUUGAUGGCAGACGCUCACGUGGCUGUUACUACGGCCCCUGCCUCCCUCUGAGAGGAAUGUGGCGUGGAUUCCCCCACCCCGUGCCAGCCCUGAGGUGGGACCUAGGAUGGUCUCCUUUGCACGGACCCGGGAGUGGAAGCGCUGUUGCUGUCCUGUUACGCGGCUGUCAAGCAAGUGCUCCAACUCGCUGGGUGCUGCCCCGCGUCACCCCCUCCCCUCCCCCAGGUUGGGCAGUCAGAAGCCGGACCAGCUUUAGCAAGAUCUCCAGCGUCCACCUCUGUGGCCGCCGCUACCGCUUCGAGGGCGAGGGUGACAUCCAGCGUUUCCAGCGGGACUUCAUGUCCCGCCUGUGGCUCACGUACCGCCGGGACUUCCCACCCCUCGCUGGCGGCCUCCUGACCUCGGACUGUGGCUGGGGGUGCAUGCUUCGCAGUGGGCAGAUGAUGCUGGCGCAGGGCCUCCUCCUGCACUUCCUGCCCAGAGACUGGACGUGGUCCGAGGGCUCGUGCCUGGGCCGCUCCGAGCCAUCAGGGUUGGCCUCUCCCAGCCGUUACCGCGGGUCGGCUCGCUGGAGGCCCCCACGCGGGGCCCAGGGCACCCCAGAGCUGCAGCAGGAGCGGCGGCACCGGCAGAUAGUGUCCUGGUUCGCCGACCACCCCCAGGCCCCCUUCGGUCUACACCGGCUGGUGGAGCUUGGGCAGAGCUCCGGCAAGAAGGCGGGUGACUGGUAUGGGCCAUCUCUGGUGGCACACAUACUCAGGAAAGCUGUGGAGAGCUGCUCAGAGGUCACCCGUCUGGUGGUGUAUGUUUCUCAGGACUGCACAGUGUACAAGGCAGAUGUGGCGCGCCUGGUGGCCAGGCCGGACCCCACAGCCGAGUGGAAGUCUGUGGUCAUCUUGGUGCCAGUGCGGCUGGGUGGCGAGACCCUCAACCCUGUGUACGUGCCCUGUGUGAAGGAACUCCUGCGUUCCGAGCUGUGCCUGGGCAUCAUGGGGGGCAAGCCACGCCAUUCACUGUACUUCAUCGGCUACCAGGACGACUUCCUGCUGUACCUGGACCCCCACUACUGCCAGCCCACUGUGGACGUCAGUCAGGCUGACUUCCCCCUGGAGUCCUUCCACUGCACCUCACCCCGAAAGAUGGCCUUCGCCAAGAUGGACCCAAGCUGUACGGUGGGGUUCUACGCUGGAGACCGGAAGGAGUUUGAGACGCUCUGCUCAGAGCUGACCAGAGUCCUCAGCUCCUCCUCGGCCACAGAGCGGUACCCCAUGUUCACCCUGGCCGAGGGCCACGCUCGGGACCACAGCCUGGACGACCUCUGCUCGCAGCUCUCCCAGCCGACGCUGCGGCUCCCUCGCGCUGGGCGGCUCCUCAAGGCCAAACGGCCAAGCUCCGAGGACUUCGUGUUUCUAUGACGCAUGGGGGGGGGCAGAAGAUGCGCACUAUUUAUUUUUUUAUUUAUUGUGAUGCUGGGUGUGGGAGCUUGACCUCGGGAAGUGAUGGGGCUCCCCUUCCUCGUCCCCUUGACCAGCGCAGCUGAGACCAGUCCGGGAAAGCUCCGCACAGGGCCCGUUCCAACAACGGGCCUCCGGCCAUCGCAGGGAGGGCGGGCUUCUGGACACCCACUCAGGGUCUGACUCAAGUACUGUAGUUUGCACUGGACCACCCAUGCCCCUCACUGGUCCCACGGCCCCCACCCUGCCAAGGACUGGGGCUGCCGGGGGCUAAUAAAGCCGUUUAACUGGA